CGGAGGGAGGACUAUUUUUCCCCAAAAUCAUUAAAAACACUACAACUAGCAAUUCUUAAAAAAAUGGAAAUCACUGUGUUCGAGGUUGGAUCAAAGAUUCUUCAGCCUUUUCAUCAACAUAGAAGGAGCAGCUCUGGAUCAAAUUUUCCCGUCUAGAGUUAGUUCUAUGGUUGAUUAAGUGAGAAGCACAAGAAAUAUCAUGGAAUCAUCCGUAGCUUCACAAAUCAUUCCUAAAAUUGGUUCAGAACCUCGUAUAUCUAAGUUUAAAAUAGCUCUUUGCCAAUUAAUGGUGACUAAUGAUAAAGCUACCAAUUUGGUUCAUGCUCGAACAAUGCUAGAGGAAGCUGCUAAUGUGGGUGCCAAGCUUGUUGUUUUACCUGAAAUGUGGGUCUGCCCCUAUUCCAACGAAUACUUAAUAAAAUGUGGUGAGGAGCUUGAUAUGGAUAAGUCAUCACCAGCUUAUCAAAUGAUGUUUGAAGUAGCUAGUAGUCGUGAGAUCACAAUAGUAGGAGGAUCAAUUCCAGAGAAGAGAAAUGGUCAAAUGUAUAACACAUGUUGUGUGUUUGGACCAGAUGGACAGCUCAAAGCGAAGUAUAGUAAAUUACAUUUGUUUGACUAUUAUGAGUCUGGAGGUGCUUCGUUUAUGGAAUCGAACUCAUUCAAUGCAGGGGACACACCUGUUGUUGUGGAUACAGGGCAGUUGAUAACCAGCUGUUUGUUGCUGUUUGUUCGCCAUGCCGAGAUUCUGCUGGACCUUACACCAUAUGGGGUCAUUCUAUGAUUGUCGGCCCAAGUGGGGAGGUAAAAGGUUCUGCAGAGCAUGAACAAAAAAUUGUAAUUGCUGAGAUUGAUUUUGCCGAAAAUCAGAUUCAAAGGGAAAUUUUCCCUCUACAGAGCCAAUGGAAGGGCGAAUUAUACAAAUUUAUAGACUUG